GGGGCGGAGGGAGGGGGCCGGCGCGGGGUGUCUCCGAGCCAGUUCUCGCGGUGCUGGCCAGGCUCAGCCUCUUUUCCCCUCCCCGGCGAGCAGUGACUGUGCACGGCGGAGCGGGGAGCGCCGAGCUGGGAGCGGGGGCAGCCCGCGCCGCCCCGCCGAGCAAGGAGGGAAGCCGCCGAACAGCGUGCAACCUCCGGCCCGUCCCGGCCCGUCGUGGCCGCCUUGCCCCAUGUCUCAGCGGCGCUGAGCCUCCCUCAGCCUGAACAUGGCCACCACGGCAACGUGCACCCGCUUCACCGACGAGUACCAGCUCUACGAGGAGCUUGGCAAGGGAGCCUUCUCUGUGGUGCGCAGGUGUGUAAAGAAAAAUUCAUCACAGGAAUAUGCUGCAAAAAUCAUCAAUACCAAAAAACUGUCAGCCAGAGAUCACCAGAAACUGGAACGUGAAGCUCGAAUCUGCCGACUUCUAAAACAUCCAAAUAUUGUGCGGCUCCAUGACAGUAUUUCAGAAGAAGGUUUCCAUUACCUCGUCUUUGAUCUGGUUACUGGUGGGGAGCUCUUUGAAGAUAUUGUUGCCAGAGAAUACUACAGUGAAGCAGAUGCUAGCCACUGUAUUCAUCAGAUACUGGAGAGUGUGAAUCACAUUCACCAGCAUGAUAUCGUUCACAGGGACUUAAAGCCUGAGAAUUUACUACUGGCAAGUAAAUGUAAGGGUGCUGCUGUCAAACUGGCUGACUUCGGACUGGCUAUAGAAGUCCAGGGAGAGCAGCAGGCCUGGUUUGGGUUUGCUGGCACUCCAGGUUACCUCUCCCCUGAAGUCUUAAGAAAAGAUCCUUAUGGAAAACCAGUGGAUAUAUGGGCAUGUGGAGUGAUUCUGUACAUAUUACUAGUGGGGUACCCUCCCUUUUGGGAUGAAGAUCAGCACAAACUGUAUCAGCAGAUCAAAGCCGGAGCCUAUGACUUCCCAUCACCGGAGUGGGACACUGUGACUCCUGAAGCAAAGAAUUUGAUCAACCAGAUGCUGACAAUAAACCCAGCAAAGCGCAUCACAGCUGAUCAGGCUCUCAAACAUCCAUGGGUCUGCCAACGAUCCACUGUUGCUUCAAUGAUGCACAGGCAGGAGACUGUGGAAUGCUUGAGAAAGUUCAAUGCUAGAAGGAAGCUAAAGGGUGCAAUCCUCACAACGAUGCUUGUAUCUCGGAAUUUUUCAGCUGCCAAAAGUCUGCUGAACAAGAAAUCAGAUGGAGUGAAGCCACAGAGCAACAACAAAACCAGUAUAGUAAGCACUGCAAAAGAAACACCCCCAGUGCAGACGUCCAUGGAGCCUCAAACAACUGUUGUCCAUAAUGCUACAGAUGGCAUAAAGGGUUCCACAGAGAGCUGUAACACCACAACUGAAGAUGAGGAUCUGAAAGCUCCCCCUCUCUCCACCGGGGACGGCAGCUCAGUGCUUGAAGGACGGAGGCACAGUGAGAGCAAAACACAGACUGAGUCCAUGCAGUCCCAGCUUUCUCUCUGUUUCUCAGCCACUACACAGUCUUGUGAAGAGAAGCUUCUUGCCUGGGACAGCCCAGGGCAGACAUUGGAGUUAGAGCGUGCUCGGUCGGAGCCUUUGCUAACUCCAGUAGUUCCCUUUGUACUUAACCGUACACCGUUGCGUAAGCAAGAAAUCAUUAAGAUAACAGAGCAGCUGAUAGAAGCCAUCAACAAUGGAGACUUUGAGGCUUAUACAAAAAUCUGUGAUCCUGGUUUGACCUCAUUUGAACCUGAAGCACUGGGGAACCUGGUUGAAGGAAUGGAUUUCCAUAAGUUUUACUUUGAGAACUUACUGUCGAAGAACAGCAAGCCAAUACACACCACCAUCCUGAACCCCCAUGUCCAUGUCAUUGGUGAAGAUGCUGCCUGCAUUGCGUACAUCCGCCUGACUCAAUACAUUGAUGGCCAAGGCCGGCCCCGCACCACGCAGUCUGAAGAGACCCGUGUCUGGCACCGCCGAGAUGGCAAGUGGCUGAAUGUCCACUACCACUGCUCUGGAGCUCCUGCAGCACCUCUCCAGUGAGGAUCAAAUACGGCAACUUGUGGAGAUACUCAGCUGGAGGGCAAUAUCUUCUUAGCGAGCAGCUCUGGAGUGCCUGAGUGACAGCAGUGGUCAUGUCUGUUUUGACAUUAAAAAAAAUAAAUACAAAGUACAAACAGGCAGCAGCCAAAUGCACGAAACCCUGCAUGCAUCUGAUGCUCUGGGCGCUGCCUUUCUGUUGUUUUCCAUGGAUCCAUCGUGUCUGUUUCUGCUGUAAGAAGGUGUUUUUAAAUCUUAAAAAGGAAAAAAAAAAGAGACAUGUUGUUUGUACAAAAUAAUUAAAAAAACCAGGAAUAAUGCUAAAUAAAUGACAGAUUAUCCAACAUGCCCUCUCCCCCAGGGCUAAGAAAAUGGCAGCAGCUGGAACAUCUUUCAGAAAUGAAGUGAGGGGGAAUGCAAAAGUGAAGGAGAGAAAAAGAGAGCAAAAAAGGAGGCGGCUUGAGCAGUGGAUGGCUGAACCGUGCUUCACAAAGCCAUGGUGGAAGCUAACAUCGCAUUCAGGCUGUGUUGCAACCUCAGUCGGUGAGAGGUAGUGAAGAGACCCCAGAGGAGCCAGUGUGAAGACUGGGGCUCAAGAGAGAGGAGGUGCUUCUCAUCCCGUUGCCUGGCAGACUGACUGCAGCCUGUUUCUGCACAGCAAGAACGCUAUGGAAAGCUGGUUGCUCGGCUGCUGGAUCCCAAAACAGACUUUUUUUGUUUUG